AUGAUCUCUUCCAAGAUUACCCUUUUCUUGGUCGCCAUACUUGGCCUGUUCUUCCAGGUCUCGAUGGCCCAAUCAGCCACUACCUUUACUACUUCUGCGGUUGCCGAAGCUCCUACCGGCGCGGCUUCUGACCUCGACUACAUUGAAUGGUUCGACGAAGGUCUCGAUGAUGGCGACUUUGACGACGGCGAGUUCCACAUUGAAGACGAGGACUACGAGACCGACCCUGAAGACGAUGAUGUCGUUCUUGAAGGCAAGAAGCCCGGUAACAAGGGUGGCAAAGGCAAGAAGCCCAAGGGUUACAAGGGCGUCAAGGGCCGGUGUAACUCUAAUCGCAUUUGCGACGUCCACGACCCUCCCCACAACUGCAAAUGCACUCACCCCGGCCUUACCUGCACCUGCAAGGUCCCCUACUUUUGA